CUCAAGGACAAUCUCCUUCACCAAAAAGAAAGACUGUUAAAAGAGAUACAAAAUUAUAUGGAAAGGAAGAAGCAAUUUGAUAUUACAUUGAUCUAGAACAAAAACUUAAGGGGAAGAGUAUUCUGGGGCCCUAUGAGAACAAUGCUCUCUUUUGAAAAUUUUAAUUAGAAAAAAAAGCCUUUGAACAACUCUCUUUUGCAUGUGGGUUGCUUUAUUUUUGUCCUGGUUAGAGUUAUUAUUACUUUUUUUGGCAGCAUUCCCCCUUUAUUUGCCUGAAUUAACUAAAAUAAUUGGUUAUUUUCUAUCUGUCUUAAAAAUAACUCCCCCCAUAAAAUCAUUUUUUUCUCUGUUCUGUAGUAAUAUUUGACAUAUUUAUUCAAGUCUUAGAAUCAAUCCAACACUGUAUCUGAAGAGAAUCCUGAUUCCUUUAGCUCAUUUCUGUGCUAGGAUGGAGUACCCCCGCAUCCUGUACAAGCAGAGAUCAAUGCUGGUUUGUUUUCUCGUCUUUCACAGUAAACUGACAAUCCUACCACCCAUUAAUUUAAAUUCCAAAGCUUAUAGACCAUCCAUCCACCAUCAAACAGCAUUAUAGAAAACCAGCCCUCCAAGGUUUUUUCCACAUAAUUAACCUUGAAUUGUCAGCGAUGCAGAUUUUUCUAAUACCAGAUAAAGAGUGAUUUGAGGGAAAAUGGAAGGCAAUUGAUCUAUCCAUGUAUUCAUAUCCUGGGCCAUGUGUUCAUGUCAUAAUCAUCCAGUUGCUUCUGGAACUGCCUUCACCAAAUUGUUCUUCAACAUUUGUCCUUAGCUUUUAGUGGACUUGAUUUAAUAACUGGUUCUAUGAAAUAUGCUUCAACAUUUGGAUUGAUGCCACUAUAUAAUUUAAUCUCCCCUCUCCUUGUAAAAAUUAUUCUAGAUGUUAAUGUCAAAAUAACUUGAUCUCUCCUGAGAAAUUAACAUGUUUAUUCCUUUCAUAUUUUAAAAAUAUUAUGUAAUUAAUUUGUCAUGUUUCUCAUUUUUGCACUGGCUACCAGGAAGCUCAGAUGGAAAUCUAAGAAAGGCAUCUAGCUGUUAGUAGCAAUAAAUCUUAUGGCUAACAUCUAAUUGUUUUAUAACUUGGAUCUAUUUUUCCAUUCUUUUUUAUUUGCCUUAUGAUUAUAUCUUCUGCUUUAUGCCCCUGAAAUCUUUGUUGGAAAGAGAUGGUGUAUAAGUAAAUUCAACAAUUAAAAUAUUGAUAUUUUGGUAUGACAAUUUUCUGAUUUUAAAACAUAUGAAGGGUUUUAUAAAGAAAUUGUAAUCAGAUAUUCUAUCUUUUUCUCUAAGAACAGGGUAAAACAGAAAUGAACAUGAUGGAUUGCUCUAGACAUUAAGCAGUAAUUAAUAAAAUAAAGGUUGUUCUCUAAUUUACUAACUUUUGCUGCAAAUGAUUGUUCAGCAAAUGUAAAGAGAGAGUUUGAACAAUUGUUUCAAACCAAAUCAUUAAAGCUGAUUUUAAGUUUGGUGAAGUCACCCUUUCUAGAACACUCUAAAAGGCUCUUCAUGGUUUUUUAUUCCUUGUGCCCAGUGCCUGCUCUUGUCAAGCUGUGAAAAUAUUGUAAACUCAUUAAGAAAUGAGGGAGAAAGUUUAAAGCAAAUGUUAAAGGGCAAUCUAAUUACUUUAUGAAAUCUGAAAUGUGUACAAGACCCACAGACAAAGGUUUUUAGUUUAACAAAAUUUCUGUCUGACUUCAACGGAAGUUCUCUUAAUGCAUUGUGUAUAUGCACAAGGUAUGUAGACGUAAAGUUUCUUCCUCUAGAACGUAAGCUUCACCAGAGCAGGGCUUUUUAUGUUUUGUGCACUGAUGUAUUUCCAAGUGGCUAGAAUAGUGCCUGACGCAAAUUCUAUUAGGCAUUUGUUGAAUGAAUAUAAAAAGUUCAUGCUGAGUGAAUGACGGUAUUUCAUUAGUAGCUCUAUUUCGGUCCAAUUAAAUUUUCUCCUAUCUUUUUAUUUCUUAGACAUAAAAUCAUUGAGAGACAGGAAGCACAGGAGGAAAAACAUGGGACACACAAGUAGCUCCCAGAACAGUCAGUGUCGAGCAUCCUUGUGUGAUGCCUUCUAAAAUUUAGAAACUCAAGGUUAUUUAUUCCCAUGAUCAAACAACCUCUGGAGUCUUAAUACCAUUAAAUCAAAUGUUUAGGAAGGGAAAACUGCCACCUGUACCAUCCUCCCCAACAAGCCGUUAUCACCCCAUCCUAUCCACGGCCCUCCCCCUAAAUCCUCUUUCUCAACAGAGCAAAAUCAAAACAAAACAUAAAGAUGGACAAAUACAAGUCUCAACCUAAAAUGAAAGCAGUAAAUACACUGAAAGUAUUAUCCAUAGCUCAGCUUGUCUACCUAACCACAUAGCUUUGAGACUUUGGAAUUACUCCUUAGUAUUGAAAAGCCCUCAGGAAACAACCUGGCCUCACUCUCUGUUUAAACUCAUCUUUUCACCUCCAUGAAAGAGAGGUUUCCACUGAGGAAGCAGAAGGAGUCUAUUGCUCCUCGUUUCUGUCUGUGCCUGGGGAUGGGCAAUUGUCUGAAUGGGAUCUGUCCUUGGUGAGUCCUUGCAGAGCACCAAGAGCUCAGAUGCACAGCUUUUAUGCCCUGACCGCAGCGUCCUUUGCUCCCUUAGCUUUGAGAGGUGGAGUCUAGAGAAAGCAUUUGCAGAAAGGAGACACCAUCUGGACCUGAAUUUAGAAACCAUACCUGAAAAACAAUUUCAAAAGAGCCACUUCUGAAUAUAUCCUCUGAGGGUUGUUUCUAUGUGACAAAAAUUCAUCAUGAAGAAAGGUGUAAUAGCCAAACAUAUGAAUAAUGAGUUGAUGCACUGGCUACUUGACAAUACACACUCUUGGCUAGAUUACAUAAUCAUACUGUGGGGGGGGGGGGAAUAUAUAUAUAUAUAUGCACGUUAUAUAUGUGUAAAGUCUUUAGUACUUUAUUGCAAACAUCAGGGCCUGAGGCUCUGAUUAGGUCCUUAAGGACAAUAGUGAAAACAAAGCCAGUUGGUGUAUAUUGGUCCUAAAUCAAAGAACCCAUCAAUCAGGAAAUUUACCCCAUUGUGUUUGUCCUCCCUUUGAAUGAAUAAGGAAAAUCAUUGUAGACAUGGGAGACUGAAGAGAAAAUGUGAACAUUAGAUUUAAAUAAUUCACUUCCCCAGACUAUACUUAAAAUUUAAAGCUCUGGUUUAUGUAUAAAAUAGAAAACUAGAGUCUUAUGUUUGUGAUGUUUUAUCCACUUCACAUAUGCAUCACUAAAAUUGGACUAAAUGUCUUAGAAAAAAAUAACAGUGCAUCUGCUUUCCAUGAAACAUCCCUAAAGGAUAUAAAUGUUUUUGCUUAUUACAAUGAUCUACCUGAAUAUCAUGCCAUAAUACAACAUGACAAUGCUUAACCUGGGGUAAUUCAGCAUGGCAGCAUUUUUUUUUGGGCAGAACUUAAAGUAUUUUAGGUUAACUUACUGCAUUACUAAGUGUUGCAUGAAUUUGCUACAGCUUUUUGAGUCUAAACACAUUAACUAUCACAUGAUCCCUGUGAAUCCCUAACGCCACAUACCAGUUCCCUAAAACCAGUCUCAUAGAGUUAUCCAGGGAAGAAGACCCCAUGGCCCAGUCAGCUGUAAUCUCCUCCUACAGGAGGACAGAGGGGGAUUUAAUAAAUACUCCCCAGGUUGUCCCAACACGUUUGGUGGCAGGAGGCAAUAAUCAUCCUUUUCUCUGCACCCAUAGGCAGCUGUACCGCAAGACCCAGUUGGGUGGGAAUAUCCUGUAGUCUCGUAGCCCCCAUCUAGACGUGUUGAUAUGGCAGUUUCCACUGCAGUCCUCCCGGUGAGCUCAGACUUCCUGUGAAGUGUGCAGCCCAGUGCACAGCAUACAGUGAAUAGGAUUGUCGAGUUGGGAGCAGCCUCCAGAGUUAAGAGGAAUGAGAAGUAAUUCUCAGCCUCCUAAUUCAGGCCUGGUGGAAGAGAAUGGAUGUGCAAGAGGCACCCAGGAGCCAGCACCUCACUAGGCUCCCAAGAGACUGUUGAUCUCAUUUUGUGUGGUAAUUUUUAUUUUAAUCAUUUUUUAAAAUAUAAAAGUGAUAUUUGAAUUCACGAUUGUUGUAAACAAUUCAAGCAAUAUCAAGGUAUAAAGAACAGAAAAAAACGCCUUCGCACUGGCUGCUCACACAAUUCCACUCCUACCCCCAAAGGUAAUGGCUAAUUGUUUGCUAAGUGUCUUAUUUUGAGGCUGGGUCUAAACCUUUAAACUUAAUAUAACCAAAUGGUUUAAUGAUUCUUAUAAUGGUACUCAUUCAUAAUUGAAAAUCCCAUUAUAUCUAUCAUAUCCCCACUAUAUUAUAUAUCUCUAGUAAAUCCCUAUUAUAACUGUUUUAUCGGAACUCUUAAAAUACAUUACCACAGUGCAUCUAAUCCACGAAGGAGAACUUUUUCAUAACAUUUAAAAUAUCCAGGUUGCCCAUAGGUAACUGCUGAUUUAUAAUCCACGGAUUGAAAAGCAGUAAUAAUAAAAAUCUACAAUGAAGUUGACAACACUUCAGAAUGAAUUAGUGUUUUUCAUAUCACAAGGGCGCAUAUACACAUUUGAAAAAAUAAUAGUACCUACAUGUACAAGACAUUAUUUAUUUAGGUUGCAAAUAGUGAUUGGUGCCCAGAUGGACUGUCGGAUCAGAACCCUUGAGGAAAUUAAUUCACCACUGCAUCACUGCUGACCACAUCCUCUCCCCUCAACCCUCCCAAAACACACACACACCCCAGGUUGGGAAAUCUCAGUAUCAGACUAUAGAAACUUUCCAUCGAGCAAGAAAGUUCACUUAAAGUAAACCCUUAAAAAAAUUGCACUGAAGCAAUACUGUUCUAAAUGGGUCACCGUUUUUUAGAUAUUUACAUGUUUUGAAGAGCAAAUAGACUUUCUAUUCCAAAAUAGCUCAAUUAUGUUUUGAUUGCAACAUCAGAUUUUUCCAGGGAUCUUGGAUCUCAAAUACCGUAAUCAUUUAUACAUAAAUUAAUAAUUGCUUUACAAAAAUAAAAACUGUUCCUGUGGUGUGGUGUACUGUGGGCAUUUGUGGUGUUUUCUGCCAUCCUAGAGAUUUCACGACAUGCUCAGCCGUAUUGAUUUUGAAAAGUACAUCGUUUGGUUCUGCGUGAUCUCAGGUAUCUGCAGUCCUCCAGGUAAGGAGAGGAGAGAAUGGGCUGGUGCCUGUGCCUCCGGCAGGGCCGCAUCCUGCAGGAGACCCACAGCAGCUCACCCAUCUCUUUGACCUUUAGCAGAUGGUUUUGCUCUGAGUACUUGGCUUCAUCGGCUUCCUGAGCAAAGGCUUCCGAAGUGAAAGAACAUUCAGUCCAUUUAUCCAAAACUCUCCCAAGGAAUACUUUUAUUUUUAGUAACCCAUUUACACUCUCAUUUCAUUACAUGUAUCGCGAUCCCAGUGAGUAGUGAGCAGUUCCGGGUCUGCAUUUAGCCCCAUGAAAGAGUUGUAUUUUACUUUAAUGGAGGAAUAUUUCACAGGUCAUUUUGUAUUUAUUACCAUUUUUUUCCAGGGAAAAAAUGUAUUACGAGGAGUACACACAGUUGCCCUGAUUUGCGUCUUAUCUCAAAAUUUCUUUUUCAAUUUUCACUGAAAGAGUGACUGGUUUUUAGAUGCUGGACCAAGAAGGUUUUAACAGAGGGAACAGAUGGACUGCUUAAGGUACCGUAUCACUGGGGCUACCAUUGCACUAUGUUUAGUGAACAUAGGUAGAAUAAGGUGAUUCAUAAUGCAACUUUCAACUCUAAAAUUGAUCAUUCCAGCCAUCUGUGCACUACAGAGCACAUCUUUGUUUACUGCCUAAAGUUUAAGUAACAUCCCAGCUAAGCUUGCUAAGCUUAGUAGGUCUGACUUCUUGCCCCACACAAAGAAAACAACACACAGACCCAAAGGUGGCUUAUCAGAUGAUUUUUUAAUAGGAUUCCAAAAAACUCUGCACAUAUUGCCCAAGGUCGUCGAUUGUUAUCUUGGGAGAAAAAUAGUUUCUUUUCCUCAUAUCUCUCUGGUUAAAAUUUACAGAUUCCUUCUGGGAAGAAGAAAUCAGGCAAAAAUAAUAACGUAAGAAAACAUGAGGAUGUAGCUUGCUCCGCCUGUUUUCAGUGCCAGAGUGGGCUGCCUAAACAUCAGAGAAGUUCAAGGCAACAAAGAAUGGAUCCUGUAGUUUGCUAAGCAGCAGUUUCUCCCGACAUGAGCCACCACAAAUCUCCUCAUCGGACAGAUUGAGCCCAUGCUUUGUGCCCUGCAACUGUAUUACGAAGGAGGCGAACACAGAAAGCUUGGUCCCACAGGAGAGAUUGUCUUUUGCACUGAAGACCUUGCUUGAAACCAAAACAAGAACCCCUAGCAAGAAGCAAAUUGCAUGAGAUGCAGUUUAUCUUCUUUGGAAGAAAAGAAGAGCUGAGUCAGCCCUCCGGGGAUUUGACAGCUAAGAAGCCCUGGAAGGACUGGGACAAAAAAAAAUCAUCCUUCACUGUGAGCAAAAUUAAACUAAAUUGCUGCCUCAUUUGGAAACGGAGCAGAUGGUCAUCAAAAUGAAGAGUGGAGGAAUUAAGAGGAAGACUUAUGAGGCAUGGAAUCUUCCAUUGGGUUUGGAAGAAAGUAGACUGAAUGCAGAGAUGCCAGACUGCCACUAAAACCCACGGACAAUUCUGCACUCACAUUUCUCUAUCGAACUUUAAGAUUUGUUAGUAAUAUGCUGCCUUUGCAAGAUGAAAAGAAACUAAUGCCAAGCAGGCAUAUUCUUCAAUAUUUGGAAUAGACGUGCUUUCAAGAUCAUGGCUUCAAAGGUCUCCUGUUUGUAUGUUUUGACAGUUGUGUGCUGGGCCAGCGCUCUCUGGUACUUGAGUGUAACUCGUCCGACUUCCUCCUACACUGGCACCAAGCCAUUCAGCCACCUAACAGUUGCCAGGAAAAACUUCACGUUUGGCAAUAUAAGAACUCGACCUAUAAACCCACAUUCUUUUGAAUUUCUCAUAAAUGAACCCAACAAGUGUGAGAAAAAUGUUCCUUUUCUUGUUAUCCUCAUCAGCACCACCCACAAAGAAUUCGAUGCCCGCCAGGCAAUACGAGAGACCUGGGGGGAUGAGAACAACUUCAAAGGGAUCAAGAUAGCCACCCUCUUCCUCCUGGGCAAGAAUGCUGAUCCUGUCCUCAAUCAGAUGGUGGAGCAAGAGAGCCAAAUCUUCCACGAUAUUAUCGUGGAGGACUUCAUUGACUCCUACCAUAACCUUACCCUCAAAACAUUAAUGGGGAUGAGAUGGGUGGCCACUUUUUGUUCAAAAGCCAAAUAUGUCAUGAAAACAGACAGUGACAUUUUUGUAAACAUGGACAACCUUAUUUAUAAACUACUAAAACCCUCCACCAAGCCAAGAAGAAGGUAUUUUACUGGCUAUGUCAUCAAUGGAGGGCCAAUCCGGGACGUCCGCAGUAAAUGGUAUAUGCCCAGGGAUUUGUACCCUGACAGUAACUACCCACCAUUCUGUUCGGGGACUGGCUAUAUCUUUUCAGCUGAUGUGGCUGAACUCAUUUACAAGACCUCACUCCACACAAGGCUGCUUCACCUUGAAGAUGUGUAUGUGGGACUGUGUCUUCGAAAACUGGGCAUACACCCUUUCCAGAACAGUGGCUUCAAUCACUGGAAAAUGGCCUACAGUUUGUGUAGGUAUCGCCGAGUUAUCACCGUGCAUCAGAUCUCUCCAGAAGAAAUGCACAGAAUCUGGAAUGACAUGUCAAGCAAGAAACAUCUCAGAUGUUAGAAUUUUUACUGAUGUAAAUACGUUUGUUUUCUUUUUUAAGAAAUGGGGCCUAGGGUGUUGGUAUUUUACAAGCGUCACCAGUGGAUAUGAACUGGUGAAGGGGUUUUGUAAAAAGUUUUCUUCUUUCCCCUCCUAGUUCCUUUCUUGGAUUAUCAAUUUGCAAACAUUAGGCUCUGGUCAGAGAAACAAUACCUGAGUUAGAAGGGCCAGAUUUCAUUCUCAGGUCCUAAGGAAUUGCAUUUAUCCCAAAAAACAACUUCCUAACAACUGCUAGGAUUUCCAUACUGUGCAUCUGAGAUAAAAAUGUGGUUCUGGGAAACUGAAACUCACGGUAAUGUCUUCACAUCGUCUCUGCAAAAAUAAAUAAAUAAGUAAAUAACGCUUUUUCAAAAACAAUUCAGAAAUAAUGCACUGUCAGGAAGACACACUGGAUGUGAUUAUUAAUACUGUGUGUGCUGUUACAUUGAAUUUUUCCAUAUAUUGCCAUGUAAUGUGUACAGUAUUUGCGAUUCCACCAAGAAAUGAACUUAGUACUGGCAGGGAGGCUGCAGUUAAAUAAAUGGAAAUUUAAACUUGAGUAUCAAAUAUUCAGUAUGUUUGGAAGAAAACUCUGCUUGCUCAUCCAAGGAUUAAACCUGGUCAGUGGGUGGAAUGUAUAUAAAAUGCUACUUAACAAAAUAAAAGAGAAUUUUUUUUUCUUUUUUGCUCUUUCAGAACAAACAGUACAUGGUGCCUCCAAGGAGACUUUGCCAAAUAUAAUCUCACCUGCUCCCUCCAUACAAUGCCGCUAAGUGCAUUUUACAUUUUCUGGCUCAGGCGAGCACAUGUGUAGAACUAAGUUGGUAGCAGGCCAGAAGAAGAAUAAAUCACACAGAGAAAAUACAAAUUUAAAUAUGCAUUAUAAUUACCAUAAGCUUAGCAAUAGUAUAAGAUGCCCCUCCCACACAUUUGCAAAGCACGUGAGAAACUCUUUUAAGGGGUACCAAUGUUAUCAAAUGGAUUUAGCCCUACAGCUAAUAGAUGCAAUUCUCUGUAACAUCCGAAACAUCUAAGUAUGUCUAGCAGCUAUGCUGUUAGGAGUGUUUUACAGGCCUUGUAAUUGAGGUUCAUGGGAAGGAAGGGUGGGGAAGCCUGGGUUCAGGUUCUGUUGAUGCCAACAUACUUAUUGGGUCGUGAACAGACAUCUUAACCUUGCUCUGUUUCAACAUAUUCAUUUAUAAAAUGGCUGGAAAAAACACCUACCUCACAGGUGCUGUGAGAGAAUUGCAUUUGCUAAGUAUUUCAAGAUCCUUAGUUUGAAAGGUGCUACGUAAUGCAAUGUAUCAUGCAUUAUGCUAAAUGCUAAAAUAAUUACAUAAUUAACAAGGAUGGUGAUCAGUAGUAGUAACAUCAUCUUAAUAUAAAAUCUGCCAAAAUAAAGAUCAAAUAUGAACUAUUAGUGCACCUGAUUCUCCUAAGACUGAUUUUUCCUUGGAUAUAAGUUAGAUGUUUGGGAAGCUUCCAUUUCUCUGUCAUUUCUUCCAGUUUCAAUGAAGAAGUUAUCACUUUAGUGCAAUGCCUUGAUAUCCCAGGAUGCUAGAAGUGAAGACAGCUGCCUUCCUUUGGGGAGGAGCCUCUGUCUGGGGUUAUAGCACAGUAAUUGAAGCACAUGCUUUGCAAAUGUAUCACAUCAACUUAGAUCUCAAGAAACAUUUGAUCUGAAUUCUCAGUAGAACGUUAAGGACAGGUAGAGCUCGUCCACCUCGAUCAGAAGAAGACUAGGCACUCAGCAAACCCACACACUGCACCUCGUCUACCAUUCAAUUCAUUAGAAAACUUGUUUGUUUUCAUUCAAAGAAAGCCCCACAACUGAAAGCGUAGAUCUUUUCUUUUUUAACCCGACCCUUGGAAGCUCCCCUAGAUGUUGAUAGCAAACAGGUAGACAAAAUGAAGAAGUGGAAGUCAUGGCCUAUUCUUGAAAACACUGGAUCUCUCAUCCCCAGCCCCAAGAACCCAAUAUGAGACAGGCCUUCUCGUCCCUUAAUAUAGCUUUGUCUUACACUCAGCAGGACUGCUGAAUUUGAUUAGAAAAUAGCAUUAGGUAGCCUGGGGAGCAGCACAAGGUGAGCCACUCUCCAAUCCCCAACCCUCAACUGCUCUGUGUUCUGAUCACUGGGAAAGUCUCAUGACUUUGUAUUUGGUUCGCCUUUCAUUCGUGCAGCCAAAUCCAGCCUCUGUUUCAUACCACCAUCUUGCAUCUACUUUAUGCUCAGCCAAGCCACCUUCAGUGUCAAGGAAUUGCACAGUAUAAACAUCAUACAUGUACAUUUACAAAUUGUUUUAUAUGUGUGUGUGUGUGUGUGUGUGUGUACAUUAUGAAUAGAGCCCUAAUCUUAAAAAGGAGCAAAAAUCAGAGAAUCGAAUAUCUUAAAGAACUAUUUCCUAACUUUUUUUAUGCUAGGUAGUGCCCAUGUGACAAACAUGUAAAUAUACACCAAAAACUAUAUGUAUAUAUUUUGAAGGCAUUUUUUUUUCUUCUCCUCAACUGUUCGUAUAGCUAGAAUCUGCUUGCUCUGUAAGAUUUUCAUCUGCAUGGAGCUUGGUGAGGCAAGGCCAUUCGUCCAGUGUUUCAAUAGACUAAAGCAUGUGUGACCUUUGUUUUUUGAACGUUCAAAAAAUGUUUAAGUCAAAUGAUAAGAAAAAGCUCCAAUUUUCUACUUUUGUUAACUUUAUGAUACUGGCAAAAUUAUGGUUUCAACUAUUUGUUGUCAUUUUUUUAAAAUGUAUUAUCAUUUCUCCGACAUAAAAUAAUGGUUCAGACAAUAUUGUACCAGGAGUCAUUCACACAAUUUUUACAAAACCUUCUGACGGUGCCUGCACCUCUUUUGUUCAUUGUGCAUUGAAUAACAAAAGGUAUCAACAAUCAGUCUCUAUAGUCUUAACAUUUCUUUUUUAAAUUUAUUUUUGGAAAAAAAAGUUUUAUCUUUGGUGGCUAGUUUGUGUGGCUUUGUGUCUUCUUAUAUUGGAGCAAAUGCCAGUUUCAAUAUAUAAUAUUGUAUUUUUAAGUAGCCAGAAUCAAAAAAUGAAGAUCAUUUCGAUUUGGAUUAAAUUCAGAAGAACAAAACCCCUUUGCGUGAUAUGGGGAAAACAAACUCUUUACAGAGAAGCCAAGGAAGGAGUUUUUCAAUCAAAUCUCUUCUAUCAAAAGACAAUGGAAUAUUUACAUAAAACACCUGGGACUCAUUUUCUACCUUUCCUAAUAUGUAGGUUUAGUGGGGGAAUUGAUUAUGUCAUUUCUUCUGUAAAGGUGUUGAUAGUUUUUAUAAGCAACAAGGUAACUUGUGAAUGAAAGAAGAAGUAAUUGACUAGAAAUGCUUGUUGAUGAUUAUUGACCUUUAGGUAUAUCGUUAUAUAUGAAUGAUUGUAUUUAUGUAUUUAUUUGUCAAAAUUGUACAUACUAUUUCGCCAAAUGUAAUUGUCUGUAAAAGUGCAUUCUCCAGGUUUGUAGUACGAUUUAGGGUUACAUGGGUUGCCAAUCAAGCUGCUAAUCAGAACACUAUUUUUUGUAUCAAUGUUAUAAAACUGAAAAAUGACAAAUAGCUGCUGAAGAUGUCAGUUUCUUCACCUUCCUCCUGAAAUGUAAACUGUUGAUUGAAAGCACUAUGCUAAUGUAUAAGCCCAUCUGUCAUGAGGAAGAUUAUGGUUCCAUAAAGCUGAUUUUUUAAACCAUUGGGACAAAUAAACAGAAGGAGAACACAUU